AGCAUAGUAUGUGUGGUGUGGUGAGCCCAUAAAUAAAUGAGCCAAACUCUGCAUAAAGGUCCCACUUGAUUUUUCGCCAUGGAAGAAGAAAACGAAGCUCAAAUUUCUAAUCUAUCAACUGUUGCAACCGAAGAAACAGAAGAUCAAACAUUGAUCUUUCUUGAUUCUCUCGAUGAUUAUCUCAUCUUGAUUCAAACAUUAUCUUCCACUCUUCGCCAGGGAUGGCUGGAGUUGGCAAGCGCACGCCAUUCAAUGGGUGCUUCACGCGUAAACACUGCUUUGCUUAGCCUAAAACACCGUUCUGCCGCCACAAAAGUGGAACUAGAUUAUCACGACAAUGCAAAGUCGCCACAGUUCAGUUUAUGUAAAUGGACAUCUACUGAUGAUAAAAACUCGUCUCCGGAGAAGGAAAAAGUUGAGGAAGACGAGCAGUUAAAAGAAAAUAUGAGCGGUCUGGAAUCUGAAAAUGAAGAGAGUUCACUGGAAAGCAGCAAAGGGUCUGAAACUACGGCAUCACCGCGUAAAACAGAGAACCUUAAAGAACGAGCAAAGAUACUCUCAAUGUUCGGGACAUUGGUUUCUCCAAAGCUUCGGGCUUCUCAACUUUCAUUCGAGACAGCCCUAGAAACACUAGUAAACAUAGCAAAUGUGCGUUCAUCGAUUCUUGAAGCUCAUGCUGCGUUAGUUAAGGAUACGAAGAACACCAAGGAGUGACAAAGUGUUGAGGUUUUUUUUCUAUGUAGAAAUUCAGUAAUAAAAUAGUUGGAUCCAACUGCAUUCAUGUGCAAAGAACAAAAUAGAUUCACAAAGCUUAGACUUCAUAUUUUGUUCAUUUUUAAGUAUGUGUGUCAUCUUUGCAAGAAUUGUUUGAAAUAUGAAAUACUAGUUUAUUUGUUUCAGUUA